AUGGCGGACAAGACGCCAACCUUUCUCUCUCGAUUGUUGGGAACAUGGGAACUGCUCUCGUUCGUGGCAAUAAACGUCGACGAUCCCAAAGACAUAACCUACCCCAUGGGCGAGGCAUGCAAAGGACAGAUCAUGUACAGCGAGGAUGGUUACAUGGCAGCUGUGCUACAAUGGGGCUAUGUCGAGUCUUACCAGACCGACUGGUUUCAUGCUUCAAUGGAGGAGUUUGCCAAUGCAGGAAGGAAAACCAUGGCCUACUGUGGUCCAUUCUACCUCAAUGAGCAGCCCGGUGACCACCAAAGAGUCUUUCAUCAUGCGGAGAUCAGUAUUCCCCCGAAUUGGAACGAUACAAUCCAGCUUCGUUUGGCACAGAUGACGGAGGAAGGCGGAGAAACCAUUUUGACUUUGGGUCCGGAAUGCCCGAUGCAACAAGACGGUGUCUCUCGUGUCCUUCGUCUCAGAUGGCACAAGUUGCCCAGAAAUGAAUCAACAAAAGCACCGGAUGAGCAUGUACUGUGA